GGCUUUAACCCGGAAGUUGUGCUUUGGUAUUUCAAUGUGACUUUCCCUAAACUAGCUAGCUGUUGUAAUACUCUAUUAAAUAUGUUCCUCACUGCUGUAAAUCUGGCCAAGGCCAAGUCAAAGACUGUCUUAGUGCAAAUGGUGAGUGCUGCUGGGACAGGCUACUGCUUCAACACCAAGAGGAACCGACUACGUGAUAAACUGGUGCUGCGAAAAAAUGACCCUUUGGUGAACAAACACGUCCUCUUUCACGAAAAGAAGAAGAUCAGGUCGAUUUAACCAUGAACGGCAAAGAACAAGACUUUUGAAUCUGCAACAUCUAGUCAGAUGAUUUCACUGACAUUGUCUAAAAUGUGUCGACCGUCAUUCGCGAGAAGAGCUAAGGAGUUCCUAUUGGACUAUUCAUGGACCACAUCAACUCAU